UGAGACAGUUUCACUCUUGUUGUCCAGGCUGGAGUGCAAUGCAGUGAUAUCAGCUCACUGCAACCUCCACCUCCCAGGUUCAAGUGAUUCUCCUGCCUCAGCCUCCCAAGUAGCUGGGAUUACAGGGGUGUGCCACCGUGCCUGGCUAAUUUUUGUAUUUUUAAUAGAGAUGAGGUUUUACCAUGUUGGUCAGGCUGGUCUCGAACUCCUGACCUCAGGUGAUCUGCCCACCUCGCCCUCCCAAAGUUCUGGGAUUACAGGCGUGAGCCACCACGCCCGGCCCAGAAUAAAUUUUUAUGUUAAAACAAAAGCAAGGAAUAAAACAGCGUGUAUUCUAGACUACUUUUAUGAGACAGGAGGGAAAAGGAUGCAUUUAUAUUUGCAUAAAGAAAUACUGGGAGGAUAAAAAAAUACAUGAAUACAAACAUUAAACUAUAGCAACUAGAGAGAAAAAGGGUGGAAAUGCAAAUAUAGGAAUGAGAUUUCUAUGUGUUUUUUAACAUAUUUUUAUAUUUGAAUCAAAUAAUUAAAAUGAAUAAAAUAGAAUAUUUUCUUAGAAUUUGGUGCCAAGUUUUAGAGCAAAGAUAUCUGAAUAAACUUCAGCAAAGUAAUGUGGUUUAGAUUAUGAUACAGGGAAGUUGCCAAUUGUUUACAGCCAAUUUGCCAACUUUUUAUUAGGGUACUUUCUUUUUAGUGAGACUUGAGAACUCAAAAACUCUUGAAGAAAUCCUUUAGGUCAGACACUGAGAACACAAUAAUAUGGAUAGAAGUUCUCACUUUCAAAGAGUUCAAAUCAGGGAGCCAAAAACAUAAACAUAUGAUUAUAAGGCACAAGAACACCAAGAGCUAUACGCGAGGUGUAACGUGAUUAACUACUUCCAUUUGCCAAGGAAGGCUUCCUAGAAGAGAAGAGAGCCAAGCUAGAUCUACAGGAUGACUAAGAGCUUGAAGGUGAUCCUGGAAAGAGGGGACAUUUCAAGCACAGGGAAUGGCAUGUGCCAUGGUAUUUAGGGAACUAUAAAGUUCAGUGUUGCUUUUUUUUUUUUUUUCCUACAGGAUAAAGUUUGACACGAAUAAUACAAGGUGGUUGCAGGAGAAUAAAAAAAAACUCCAGGCAGCAGUUACACAUGACUAGAGACUAUGGGCUGAUAAAACCCUGAAAAACAAGGUGUGGACCAAGCUGGCUAAGACUGACUGGACCCAACAUGGCACUGGAUUUUACCUAGGUUUCACAAAUAGGACCUUAUUAUAUGGUCAUUAACAUACUAAAUCACACACCCCCGCCCCCCAGUGCCAUGACAGUUCCAAGAACAUCCAUAUUUAGUAUAAAAAUGGGUGGUACUGCAGUUCUCAGAAAUCUGCACCUGUUUCCAGGAAUUUUCGUGAAUAUUCCACCCCUUGGUUAAGGAAACCCAUAAAGGUAGCAGCCCCAAACCCCCUUGUGGGUGACUCUCUUGAGGACACCCACACUGCCUUUUAUUGAGGGUGUACUUUUCCCUUUGCAAUUAAUCUCUGUAACCUUCACUAUUUUCUGACUUGUCCUUGAAUUCACUCCUGCGAUGGUAUCAAGAGCCUGCACAGUGGCUGCAGUCAAGGUCCCACCAGCAUUUGGGGACCUCCCCCAGCCCACUGGUAUCAAAAGUACCAGUUUGUUAGCCUCAAAGCAACCCUUCACAACUUGGCUUUCUUUUCAUCCUCAUUUCUUACCACUGUGGAGGCCUAGAAGUUUACUGGCAUAUAAGAUUUCACAGAUAGGGAAGCCUCUGGUCCAGAGAAGCUCCAAAGAGUGGCCCCUUGGAAUUGUGGAUGUCAAGGAGUUCUGAAGUGGGAACACUGGCUGAGCUAAUCAAAGAGUGGUGGCAAGAGUUUGGGGUAGAGAGCAAAACUGUGACCCAGAUACAUUAUACCUCAUAAAUAUUGGAGAGCAAGGACCAUGUGAAUAUAACUUCAUUUACCAAGUAAGUAAUGUGUUCCAAGCACUGUCCUCAGAGAUCUUUUAAUUGCAUAAAUGAUAUUAUACCUUUACUUAAAAUCAUUGCAUCUAAUGACAUUUUAAAUGGAAGUAAUGAAACUGUGCCACAAAGAGUUAAAGACACCAUAACUAACAGAAAUUCUUGAGUUUGCAGGAUGGCAGAUAAGAGAAACAACUUGCUGAAACACUGAAAUUCCCUCCAUUUGUAAGAUCAUGAAGCUGGCUGAAAUCAGUUGGAACCAAUAUGACCGACUGGAGUCUGCACAGAACAAGCCUGCUGACAUCACAGCCUGAAUUUCCACUGCAUGUUUCAUACUAACUCAUUUUCGAAUAUGCACAUGGGACCCAUGAAGUAGCAUGAAGAGUGCUCCUUGCUGCCACCAUAUGAAGAAGGAUGUGUUUGCUUCUCCUUCCACCAUGACUCACUACUCCUUGCCGUCACCAUGCGAAGAACAAUGUGUUUGCUUCCCCUUCUGCCAUGAUUGUAGGUGUCCUGAGGCCUCCCAGCCCUGCAGAACAAUGUGGAAAUUGAGGCUCAUAAAGGUUAACAUCCCCAAAUAAGGGUCUACGUCCAAAUCCUAUCUCUUAAGUCCUAUAUUGUCUCCCAAAUGAAGAGGGGCUUCUCGUGAAAAUGGCCUGGAAGUGGCAUAGGGAGCUAAAGAUGAUAAAAACCUAUCUCCUGGCUUUGGCUUAUGAAUGAGAGAUGGGGUCUCACUAUACUGCCCAAACUGGUCUUGAACUCCUGGCCUCAAGCAACCCUCCUGCCUCGGUCUCUCAAAGCACUGGGAUUACAGAUUUAUUUCUUUUAUGAAGUAGUCAAAUGAAUCAGCUCACCCUUGACUGUAACAAAAUACUGCUUGGUGACUUGUGACAGACAGGGUUUUAACCUCUGACAGCGAGAUUCAUUGUGGAGCAAGAGCCAAUCAUAGAUCCUGACGACACUUGUCUCAUCUAAGUUGGAAUAUAAAAAGCCACUUGGAAUACAGUAUAAAAGAUUCACUGGUGUGGCAAGUUGUCUCUCAGACUGUACAUGCAUUAAAAUUUUGCUUGGCAUUACUCAAAAGCAAAAGAAAAGUAAAAGGAAGAAACAAGAACAAGAAAAAAGAUUAUAUUGAUUUUAAAAUCAUGCAAAAACUGCAACUCUGUGUUUAUAUUUACCUGUUUAUGCUGAUUGUUGCUGGUCCAGUGGAUCUAAAUGAGAACAGUGAGCAAAAAGAAAAUGUGGAAAAAGAGGGGCUGUGUAAUGCAUGUACUUGGAGACAAAACACUAAAUCUUCAAGAAUAGAAGCCAUUAAGAUACAAAUCCUCAGUAAACUUCGUCUGGAAACAGCUCCUAACAUCAGCAAAGAUGCUAUAAGACAACUUUUACCCAAAGCUCCUCCACUCCGGGAACUGAUUGAUCAGUAUGAUGUCCAGAGGGAUGACAGCAGCGAUGGCUCUUUGGAAGAUGACGAUUAUCACGCUACAACGGAAACAAUCAUUACCAUGCCUACAGAGUCUGAUUUUCUAAUGCAAGUGGAUGGAAAACCCAAAUGUUGCUUCUUUAAAUUUAGCUCUAAAAUACAAUACAAUAAAGUAGUAAAGGCCCAACUAUGGAUAUAUUUGAGACCCGUCGAGACUCCUACAACAGUGUUUGUGCAAAUCCUGAGACUCAUCAAACCUAUGAAAGACGGUACAAGGUAUACUGGAAUCCGAUCUCUGAAACUUGACAUGAACCCAGGCACUGGUAUUUGGCAGAGCAUUGAUGUGAAGACAGUGUUGCAAAAUUGGCUCAAACAACCUGAAUCCAACUUAGGCAUUGAAAUAAAAGCUUUAGAUGAGAAUGGUCAUGAUCUUGCUGUAACCUUCCCAGGACCAGGAGAAGAUGGGCUGAAUCCCUUUUUAGAGGUCAAGGUAACAGACACACCAAAAAGAUCCAGAAGGGAUUUUGGUCUUGACUGUGAUGAGCACUCAACAGAAUCACGAUGCUGUCGUUACCCUCUAACUGUGGAUUUUGAAGCUUUUGGAUGGGAUUGGAUUAUCGCUCCUAAAAGAUAUAAGGCCAAUUACUGCUCUGGAGAGUGUGAAUUUGUAUUUUUACAAAAAUAUCCUCAUACUCAUCUGGUACACCAAGCAAACCCCAGAGGUUCAGCAGGCCCUUGCUGUACUCCCACAAAGAUGUCUCCAAUUAAUAUGCUAUAUUUUAAUGGCAAAGAACAAAUAAUAUACGGGAAAAUUCCAGCGAUGGUAGUAGACCGCUGUGGGUGCUCAUGAGAUUUAUAUUAAGCGUUCAUAACUUCCUAAAACAUGGAAGGUUUUCCCCUCAACAAUUUUGAAGCUGUGAAAUUAAGUACCACAGGCUAUAGGCCUAGAGUAUGCUACAGUCACUUAAGCAUAAGCUACAGUAUGUAAACUAAAAGGGGGAAUAUAUGCAAUGGUUGGCAUUUAACCAUCCAAACAAAUCAUACAAGAAAGUUUUAUGAUUUCCAGAGUUUUUGAGCUAGAAGGAGAUCAAAUUACAUUUAUGUUCCUAUAUAUUACAACAUCAGCGAGGAAAUGAAAGCGAUUCUCCUUGCGUUCUGAUGAAUUAAAGGAGUAUGCUUUAAAGUCUAUUUCUUUAAAGUUUUGUUUAAUAUUUACAGAAAAAUCUACAUACAGUAUUGGUAAAAUGCAGGAUUGUUAUAUACCAUCAUUCGAAUCAUCCUUAAACACUUGAAUUUAUAUUGUAUGGUAGUAUACUUGGUAAGAUAAAAUUCCACAAAAAUAGGGAUGGUGCAGCAUAUGCAACUUCCAUUCCUAUUAUAAUUGACACAGUACAUUAACAAUCCAUGCCAAUGGUGCUAAUAUGAUAGGCUGAAUGUCUGAAGCUACCAGGUUUAUCACAUAAAAAACAUUCAGUAAAAUAGUAAGUUUCUCUUUUCUUCAGGUGCAUUUUCCUACACCUCCAAAUGAGGAAUGGAUUUUCUUUAAUGUAAGAAGAAUCAUUUUUCUAGAGGUUAGCUUUCAAUUCUGUAGCAUACUUGGAGAAACUGCAUUAUCUGAAAAGGCAGUCAAAUGGUAUUUGUUUUUAUCAAAAUGUCAAAAUAACAUACUUGGAGAAGUAUGUAGUUUUGUCUUUGGAAAAUUACAACACUGCCUUUGCAACACUGCAGUUUUUAUGGUAAAAUAAUAGAAAUGAUCGACUCUAUCAAUAUUGUAUAAAAAGACUGAAAUAAUGCAUUUAUAUAAUAUGUAUACAACAUUGUUUUGUAAAUAAGUGUCUCCUUUUUUAUUUACUUUGGUAUAUUUUUACACUAAGGACAUUUCAAAUUAAGUACUAAGGCACAAAGGCAUGUCAUGCAUCACAGAAAAGCAACUACUUAUAUUUCAGAGCAAAUUAGCAGAUUAAAUAGUGGUCUUAAAACUCCAUAUGUUAAUGAUUAGAUGGUUAUAUUACAAUCAUUUUAUAUUUUUUUACAUGAUUAACAUUCAUUUAUGGAUUCAUGAUGGCUGUAUAAAGUGAAUUUGAAAUUUCAAUGGUUUACUGUCAUUGUGUUUAAAUCUCAACGUUCCAUUAUUUUAAUACUUGCAAAAACAUUACUAAGUAUACCAAAAUAAUUGACUCUAUUAUCUGAAAUGAAGAAUAAACUGAUGCUAUCUCAACAAUAACUGUUACUUUUAUUUUAUAAUUUGAUAAUGAAUAUAUUUCUGCAUUUAUUUACUUCUGUUUUGUAAAUUGGGAUUUUGUUAAUCAAAUUUAUUGUACUAUGACUAAAUGAAAUUGUUUCUUACAUCUAAUUUGUAGAAACAGUAUAAGUUAUAUUAAAGUGUUUUCACAUUUUUUUGAAAGACA